UGUCCUCGGCCUCCCGACAGGCUUCGCGCGAAUUUCGCGCCAGCUUUGGCCUUUUCCAGCGAGCCAGGGAGUCGCGGCGGAGAAUGGAGAACAUCGACGAGGAAGACGUGCAGAAGCACCGCGUCCACCUGCGCCCCAUCACUCUGCGCAACGCCGCCCCGGCCACGCUGCACCUCCUGCCCUGUGAGGUCCCGGUUAACCGGCCCGCUCCUGUGGAGCGCUUCUUCACCCCGGCCAUCCGCCAGGGUCCUGACGGACUCCAAGUGUCGUUUCGUGGUCGCAAACUACGGGGCGAGGAGGUGGAGGUGCCGUCCGGCCUCGAGGGAUACGUAAUGGUGAUGGAAGAGAAAGGAGAGGUGUUGGUGGGGAAGCAGGACUUCUCGGAGGGUUCAGAGAAUGACGAGCAAGAGGAGCAGGGACUGGUGGAACCCCCGGAGGCGCUGGAGCGGGACUUCGACCGCUUUAUCGGAGCCUCUGCCAGGUUUAGCCACUUCACCCUGUGGAACCUGGAGACCUUUCCUGGCCCGGAUGCCAAAGUGCGUGCGGCCCUAACCUGGCCCAGCCUCGCUGCAGCGAAAUCCAAUAGUAAAGGUGACUCCUGUGGCAGAUUCAUGCACCAGUGCCGGAGGACUGAGAGCCCGAGCUUGAAAUUGAAAGCCACCGAUCCCCUCACCCCAAUAAACCAGCUCUUCCCUUUGGAGCCACUGAUUCCAUCAUCCCCAAUAAACCAGCUCUUCACAGCACCUAUCCCCAGAGCCCCGGGAGUGAGAAAGCUUGGGAACAGACAGGCCCCGCCAUACACCCUCAGAGUCUUCAUUCUCCCUGGCAGGGCCUGGGAUGUCUCCACCACCAGAAGCCCCUCCUCACCCUGUCACAACCAGCCUCAUGUUGGACCGCAGCCCUGUCUGCUCCCUCUCUUUGGAGCAUCUUUAUCAGCCAUUCUUGCCUUCUUACUCAAUCUUGUGACUUUUCCACCAAGCAACCUGGUGGUGAGAGGGAGAGACUGGUGCUUUGGAGAGAGGAAGCACGGAAUAAGAAGGGGAUGCUGGGUUCCUACUCAACCUAGCUGGGUCCGCAGUACGUGGAGAGUCCUGACAGAUCAAGCAGAGACCACACCGGUCUCCUCAGCUGGCGGGAACUCCGACCCCGCCCCAGUGAACACCCACCCACCCUGUCUGCCAUGCUGAGCGCACCUCCCUGCUGGCCCCACUAAGGUCUGACCUCCAAGGCACAGACUGAGUUUAAGCAUCUGCCUGCUUUAGCACACUGAAGGCUUCCUGAAGAUGUGACCCCACCUUGCUAUCAUUCUGCCAAAUAAAAUUUCUCAAAUGGACCACGA